AUGCCGCUUCCGGCCCAGAUUUUGUCGCUCGAACUUGGAAAUUUAAUCCAACCCACACAACUGAGCACGCCAGACAUGGGCCAGGGCCACUCAACACCACAGUCGGGCUCUGGGGAGUCGGGUGGCACACUUGCUGAGAAGAAAGACUACUACGAACUUCUGGAACUGGAACAAAAUGCCUCGCCAGAAGAGAUUAAAAAGGCUUAUAGAAGGAAGGCUCUGGAGCUACAUCCUGAUCGAAACUACGGGAACGUUGAGGCUGCGACGAAUCUCUUUGCAGAGAUUCAAGCUGCCUACGAAGUGCUUUCUGAUCCACAAGAACGAUCGUGGUAUGACACUCACCGUGAUGCCUUCUUGGGCGGCGACGGGGGUGUCGAUACUCCUGAUUUCUCCUACAAUGUUCGAAUGACAACUUCAGCCGAUAUCCUAAAGUUAUUCUCAAAAUUCAGUCCCCGAAUGGAGUUUACGGACUCACCCAAUGGUUUUUACGGCGGCCUCCGAGAAACAUUUGCACAAAUCGCCUUGGAAGAAGAGAUGGCUUGUCGCUGGGAAGAUACGGAUGUGAUUGAGUAUCCAUCCUUCGGGUCUCGCGAUGAUGAUUCUCAGGUGGUGCGUCGAUUUUACGCUUUAUGGGGCAGCUUCUCGACCAAGAAGUCUUUCUCUUGGAAAGACGCCUAUCGUCUCUCAGAGGCUCCUGAUCGCCGUGUACGCCGGCUAAUGGAAAAAGAAAACAAACGUAUGAGGGAAGCUGCCAUUCGCGAAUUCAACGACGCUGUAAGGUCACUUGUGGGUUUCGUGAAAAAGCGAGACCCACGUUACAAGUCCUAUAAGAACAGUUUAACACUGCACCAUGAAUCUCUUCGCCAGUCUGCAGCUGCGCAGGCAACAAGGUCCCGAGCGGCGAACCAGGCAAAACUGGGCCACCAUGUCCUUCAAGACUGGGCAAAAUCCGAGGAGCUUGAUGAUGGCGUCUCGGAGAGCUCAGAAGGUGAGGCAGAACAUUUUGAAUGCAUUGUUUGCCGCAAGACUUUUAAAAGCCAGAAUCAGUUUCAGGCUCAUGAGCGCAGUAAAAAACACACCAAAGCUGUCAAACAGCUGCGCUGGGAGAUGAAGCUUCAGGACGAAGAACUUGACUUACGGGAGGUUUCAACAACGGAUGUGGACCACACUCUUCCGUUCGCAAAAGGCUUCGUCGAUGAUGAACCAGUGGCCACCGCGCCCAUUCAUCCGGAGCUAACUCAAGGUCAAUCACAAGAUAUCCCCAACGGCUCGAACGACAGCCCGUCAACGACCGGAUCCAUCCAUGGUUCCGAUGAAGAUGAUAAGCAAGCCGAUCGCGUUGAAGAGUUGACUGGAUCGGAAUAUGAGCAGGAUUAUGCCCCCAGGGAUGUUUUCGAGGAGCGGCUAGACCGAAGAAGCUCUCUCAGUCAGCAAGAGCAGAAUAUAAGCUUGGAUGACUUAUCUCGAGGUCUGUCGGCAUCGAGAUUGACCGAAGCCCCCUCUGCGUCCAAGGCCAAAAUAGGAAAAGCAAAGCAAAAGCGUGCGAAAAAGGCUCAGCUUGCUGAAACGAAAUCAGACUCCACAGCUUGCUCUAUAUGCAAUGCACCUUUUCCAUCCAGGAAUAAACUCUUCUCUCACAUUAAACAAAAUCACGGGCGACGCUAG